GAUGUCUUAAAUGAUUAACCACUAGUGUACACAAACACCCUUAAAUUCACAAAUCUCAUACACAAAAUAGGUGUAAAAUAAAAAUUCCUAAAAUAUUUCGUGUGUUUAUCGAGGUUAAAAAAUGGAUUAUUCAAUGGGAGGUGGUAGUGGAUCUGGUGAUGAAGACAUUGAUAACUUACAAAAUGGAAAAAGAUCUUCCUCCUACAAACGUCUUACUUCAGCUCAAACAGCCGUACUUGAAAAUUUCAUGAAGGAAUGCCACCAUCCAGAUGAGGCCCAACGACGUCAAUUAGCUGAGGAGGUUGGGCUUGAGCCCAAACAAAUCAAAUUUUGGUUCCAAAAUAAGAGAACUCUAUUGAAGAAUCAACACGAGCGAGAAAAUAACUCCACUCUACGUGCUGAAAAUGAAAGGAUUCAUAACGAAAACUACCUAAUAAGAGAAGCAUUGAAGGCUACAAUUUGCUCAACUUGUGGGGGUCCACCAUUUCCCGAGGAAGAACAUGAACGUUUCAUGAACCACAUGCAAGAGGAAAAUGCUAAGCUCAAAGAAGAGUGUGAGAAAGUGUCGAACUUUCUUGCAAGAUACAUGGAGAAAGAGAUAUCACUACCUGAAUUGGAGCAAGCACUGAAUUCAAUAGAAGCAUUUUCAAGAGACAUGGAACCUGAAAUAUCACUAAAUCAAACGGUUGGUGAAAGCUCAAGUCAAGUUAAUGGCAAUCUAACAAUGCAUCAAGCUGGUAUGUUCUCAACAGGAAACUAUGAUACAGAAAAGUUAAUGAUGUCUCAAAUUGUAGCUAUUGCAAUGGAAGAGUUAGUUAGGCUUGUGAGAGUUAAUGAACCAUUUUGGAUUAACUCUUCAACUAAUCAAGAUGGAAAGUACACUCUUCUAAAAGAUAGUUAUGAACAAGUUUUUCCCAAGAACAAUCACUUUAAAGGUGCCAAUGUGUGUGAAGAAUCUUCAAAAUAUUCAGGAAUUGUUAACCUUAGUGGCGUGCAACUUGUUGACAUGUUUCUCGACACGGUGAAAUGGACAAACUUGUUCCCAACAAUUGUUACUAAAGCAGAAACUAUCAAAGUGUUUGAAACCGGUUCGGUAGGAAAUCGGGAUGGAGCUUUGUUGUUGAUGUAUGAGGAAAUGCAUAUUUUAUCACCUCUAGUGCGACCUCGUGAAUUUCACAUUGUUCGUUAUUGCAAACAAGUUGAUGUUGGAGUUUGGGUGAUAACUGAUGUGUCAUUUGAUUCCACCUCUCAACCAAACACUUCCUCUCUUUCUCGCUCUUGGAAACAUCCUUCUGGAUGCAUAAUUCGUGAAAUGCCUAAUGGGGCUUGUCUGGUUACUUGGGUUGAACAUGUGGAAGUGGAUGAUAAGAUCCAUUCACAUCAGCUAUAUAGAGAUCUUGUUAAUAGCUUUAGUUUAUAUGGAGCUGAAAGUUGGAUUAAAGAGCUUCAAAGAAUGUGUCAGAGAUCUGUCAGCUUUUUUCUUGAGAGGAUACCUAUUCAUGAAUCUAGAGGAGUGAUCCAAACAAUUGAAGGGAGAAAGGGAGUAAUGAAGUUUGCUCAUAGAAUGGUUAAGAUGUUCUGUGAAUGUUUAACAAUGACAGGACAAUUGGAAUUUCAACAUUUAAGUUUGGAUAGCAUUGGUGGUGUUAGAGUAUCUGUUAGAAAAACCACUAGCACAGGUCAACCAAAUGGCAUGGUUGUGGCUGCUGCUACCACCCUCUGGCUUCCUCUAUCUGCUGAUAAAGUUUUUGAAUUCCUCAGAGAUCCUACAAAAAGAUCUCAGUGGGAUGUUCUUUCUUGUGGGAAUCCAGUGCAUGAGAUUGCUCACAUUUCAAAUGGACUAUAUCCUGGCAACUGCAUUUCAAUUAUUCAGCCAUUCAUCCCAAGUGAGAACCACACUUUAAUUCUUCAAGAAAGUUUCACAUCACCUGUGGGAUCAUAUGUUAUAUAUGCUGCAACUGACACAACAUCUAUGAAUGUGGCCAUAAGAGGUGAAGAUUCUAAAGAGCUACAAAUCCUUCCAUCAGGUUUUGUUGUUUGUUCAAAAGGCCAACCAAAUGUAACUUUGGAAGAAACAUUUAACAAUGGAAAUAGUAGUGUUGAUGGAUCAGGUGGCACAUUGUUAACUUUGGCUUACCAAAUUCUGACUUCUAGCACAAAUGGAAUUGACAAGCCACUUAAUAUGGAAUCUGUUGCUACUGUCAAUACCCUUUUGUCCAAUACUAUUCUCAAAGUUAAAGAGGCUCUCAUGACUUCUACUACUUAGAAUUAGUUGUUCAUUUUCUUUUUGCUACAACUUUGUUUAUCAUUUUUUCCUACAGAAAAAUGUAUUCAUACUUCUUAAGGACGAGUUAUUAUUAUACAAUUUUUCUUUUUAUUAUCAUGAUUUUGCUUGCAUACUUGU